AUGUGUAUUUAUAAUAUUUAUCCUACUGCACAAAGUCCUGAUGUUUCUGUCAAUUCUCCUCGAAUUGACAGGAUGGUUGAAUUUCCAUUAGCCUCAUACGAAGACUCAGUCAUUCCCAUCCGAAGAACUUUAUCAACCUCUGCACAAGGUUCCUCCACCUCGCCACAAGGUGACCAAUCAAUCAUGAAGGACAAAUGUGCGGUGCAGGUGUUAGAAAGAAACUUUGGCGGAUUAAGUUUUGGCAAAAUUAAGUUGGGUGGAGAGGAUGGAAGUGAGUGCUCAGACCAAAACGCGACAGCUGGGGCAUCGAGCCGGACGUCGUCAGACUUGCAGCGUCAUCCAUUUGACAUGUCCUCAUACCAGCAGCGAGCUGAAGCUUUGGAAGGGUUGCUUGAAUUUAGUGCAAGACUGCUGCAAGACAAAAGGUACAAUGAACUGGGGGUGUUGUUGAAGCCGUUUGGACCAGGGAAGGUUUCUCCUAGAGAAACUGCAAUUUGGUUGACAAAGAGCUUCAAGGAAAACGCACUCAAGCCGGAAGAUCAAUACUAAUGAAUGGCUGACACGUGUGCUGUAUUCAGUCCGGUAAUGAAAUUUAGAGGUUUGCUGAUAAAGUUUUUGCACUGGUAGAAAUUGAUGUAGUAGAUAUAUACUAGUGAGGUG